AUCGAAAGGAUUUACUGAUUCGAAACGCAUCGCAGCUAAAUUUCCAUUUGCGGCUGCCGACGAUGUCGAAGCGAUCUCCGAAGCGAUGGCUCAGCAAAGAGACGAAGGAAUAUUUAAUGAGCACGCACUUCUGGGGCCCGGCGAUCAACUGGAUGAUACCAAUAGCGACCAUAUCCGACACGCGAAAGCAUCCGAGAAUCAUUAGCGGCAAAAUGACGCUGGCGUUAGCGCUGUACUCCAUGGUGUUCGUGAGGUUCGCGUGGAGAGUGCAGCCGAGGAGUUUGCUGCUGGUGGCUUGCCACUUCGUCAACAGCUGCGCGCAGCUUACGCAGGCCUACAGGUUCAUCGAUUACCAUUAUCUAUCUCCGCAAGAGUCUGGAGAGUGA